AUGAGUGAUCUGGACAAGGCGAUCGCGCAGUUGCGCGCUUGCAGACCAAUACCGGAGAUCCAAGUGCGAGAGCUAUGUUACAAGGCGCGAGAGCUUUUGAUUGAGGAGGGCAAUGUGGUAUCGGUCGAUGCGCCGGUGACGAUAUGCGGCGACAUUCACGGACAGUUCCACGACCUCAUGGAGCUCUUCCGUGUGGGUGGAGAUGUUCCUGAUACCAACUAUCUCUUCAUGGGCGACUUCGUCGAUCGGGGCUUCUACUCCUUAGAAUCAUUCCUCCUUCUCCUCUGCCUCAAAGUGCGAUAUCCCGAUCGCAUCACAUUGAUACGAGGCAAUCAUGAGUCACGACAAAUCACGACAGUAUACGGCUUUUACGACGAAUGCUUGCGAAAGUACGGCAGCGCCAACGUGUGGCGUUACUGCUGCGAUGUCUUCGACUAUCUCGCGCUGGGUGCUCUGAUCAUGGGCGCGGGAACCGAACUCACUCCAUCAGACGCUCCAUACGCCGACCCAUCACAAUCAAACACCGACACAGACGACAUUGAGAUUGAGCUCCUCAACUCGCAGGGCCAGAUUAUCAAUCGCUUCCCACGAGCAAGGCCAGGAACUCAGGAUACAUCUCAAUCCUCAAAUCCGCCUUCAUCCCCUUCACAAACACAAGACCAGACACCAUCGAGAAACGGCGCUCCAGGCACUGGUGCAACGUCGUCGAGUAGAGGAAGCGCAAACAACACUGGCGGCGCUGUACUUUGCGUGCACGGCGGGUUGAGCCCGCUGAUUGACAGUAUCGAUAAGAUUCGAUUACUGGAUCGCAAGCAGGAAGUGCCGCACGAAGGCGCCAUGUGCGAUCUUCUAUGGUCGGAUCCCGACGAGAUUGACGGCUGGGGCCUGUCACCACGCGGCGCCGGCUUUCUCUUUGGUGCUGAUAUCGUCAAAUGCUUCAACCAGAAGAACGAUCUGAGUCUGAUCUGCCGAGCACACCAACUCGUCAUGGAGGGGUUCAAAGAAAUGUUCGACAGCACCAUCGUCACGGUGUGGUCGGCGCCAAACUACUGCUACCGUUGCGGCAACGUGGCGGCUAUCCUUGAGCUGGGGGAGGACGGAUCCAACGCUGGCUACGCACCACGCAGCAACGGCGACAUGAACAGAACAAACGGUGUGCUGGCAGAGAGGGCCGACCCACCACUACGGCAAGGGCCCGGAAGACGAUACCGAGUGUUCGAUGCUGCGCCUCAGGAUAGUAGAGGCAUGCCCGCGAAGAAGCCGGUGGCAGAUUACUUCCUCUGA